AUGGAUUAUAGAAGAUUGGAGGACUCACACCACUCUUUUGUUAUGAAUAUAUCCUGCCAUUCUGAACCAAAAAAUUUCCAGGAGGCUAUUCAGCAUGAUCAUUGGAGGAAAGCCAUGCAAGAAGAGAUCAAUGCUUUGCAAAGGAACAAUACUUGGGAAGUGGUGGAUCUACCCCCAUCCAAGAAGCCAAUUGGAUGUAAGUGGGUGUACAAGAUCAAACAUAAAGCUGAUGGGACUAUAGAAAGAUAUAAGGCAAGAUUGGUGGCAAAGGGCUACAACCAAACUCUUGGAAUUGAUUACUUGGACACAUUUAGUCCAGUGGCAAAAAUGACUACUGUAAGGACACUUCUGGCAGUAGCAGCAGCAAAGGAAUGA